UGUUUACCAACGGUCGAGCGGCAAUAUUCAAACCGAACACAACUAAAGGCAAAAUAAGUUAGGCAGUUUCACUUUAUCUGUUCUCUCGUAAAAAUGAGGGAUCUUUCGUCUAUCGAUUUCAAGGACAAUGUAAGGUUUGUUAUUCGUCGUGAGUUGAAGAGUUUAGGACUAAAAGUUCCCAAGAACAAAGCAAAUACAAAACAGUCGAUUGAAUGCAACAGAGAAGGGGUGUUUGGAGUCUAUCUCGACAAAGUUCCCUCUAAAAAUGUCUCGGAAGACUUCUACUGUGGGGUGCCAAAAUUCUUAGUGGAUGCUUGCAAUUUUCUUCGCAACCAUCUUGGCACAGAGGGGCUCUUCAGAAAGUCUGGUUCUGUACAAAGACAAAAACUUUUGAAGCAAAGAGUUGAAAUUGGUGAGGYAAUUACAACAGCUAACCCUCAUGAUGUUGCUAGUUUGAUAAAGCUGUUCUUCCGACAACUACAAGAACCACUCCUGACGAACCUUUAUCAUGAYAGUUUUAUCAAAGCACUCAAACAAGAAGGGGAAGGAGAUCGUGUGAUCAUUAUUUUGUACACUUGUUUGAUGUUGCCUUUGGUUCACCUCCAAACAUUGCAGUACUUCCUUAAAUUUGCUGCAGAAGUUGCAAGCCAUUCAGCUGAAAGUGGAAUGACCUUGUCAAAUUUAGCAAUUGUCCUAACACCUAAUCUAAUGCACAAUUCAAAGAAAGAUAACAGUAGCAGUGCAUCAGAAAAGCUCCUCAAAGACCAAACAUUUGUAGUUGAAACUUUACUGAAACAUGCUGAACGUAUCAGCCUUGUACCUGAAGAUAUUUAUGAACGUGCAAAGCUGAUUGGAGAAGAUGGGGGUGACAUGACUUCAUCUGGUGAUGAACUAGAUGAACAGCCACAUAAGAGCAAAAGAGUUCCAAGGGCAAGGACAAGAACUGGCUCAAUAACAGGGUUUCUUGGCCAAAGUUUGAACAAGCUCAAGACCAAUUCCAAUUCUUCCCAUCACCACAGGAGAUCUAAAAGUGUCAAGGCUGAGAUUCAUAGGAACAGACUAAAUGACAUUCAGWCUGCUGUAGUUAGUAGAGAUGAUUCCCACUUGAAUAAAAUGACCUCACUAUCAACUGAAAGAAUGGACUUGAGGUCARGUGCAAAUAAACGAAGAAUAAUGGAAUACAGUAAUGCAUCAAUGUCACCUGCAUUUAAAAGAAGGGCCAGAUUGGGACACAAUGAUGGAGAUUCUGGGAUUGGUCAUCCAAUUAUUGUAUCGAAGUCGACACAGAUGUUUACCACAACAAUCAAACCUUUGACACCUGUCAGGCCACUGACAGACAUGGUUAAAAAAGAGCAUGCAAAGACUUUGCUAUCAGCUGAAAAUGAGCAUGUUAAAGUUAUUGAUGCCAUGACCUACRUCCCUUCACCUGAUAACACCAGUCAAGAGGGAAAUAUGGAAAUUUCAUCAAAAUCAUCUCUGAAGGAAGAGGUGUUUGAUUCRCCAGUAUCRGGAAGGAAAACGGGAMACAGAAGAAGGGUUAAUAGAAGAAAUUCAUCUGGGGCAACGUCAUGUUUCUCUUCAUCACCACGGCACAAAAGAAAUGGGAGCAGCAGUAAGCAGAACUUGCUUGAAGAUGGAUGGAGGAACACAAAUCACACWCCAAACACGGAAAAUGCCAAACCCGAUGUUAUUACAGAUGCUGUUAUUAAAAGCAUGCCUCUUACUCCUAAACAUAGUAAUAUUCAARUAGAAAGAAUUUCACAUGACUUGGUAUUUAGUGCUGAUCAUGUCAGAAAUACAAAGGAGAAAAUUACUGAUGAUAAUAUGACACCUUGCAAACACCAUGUUGCUACUCCUCCCAUGCCACAUUCUAGCCACAAAGAACUCAAAACUUUACUCUCAACAAAAAUUUAGAUUUAAUAUCAAUAUACAAAAUGCAAUUUGAAUAUGAAUGAAUUGUAUUAUAAGUGCAAAAGAUUGCCAAAGCUUUUUAGAGAAAGUAUAUAAUAAAUCAGCAAUAGAAUUUUUGCUUUGUUCGAAUUUGAUAAGAUUUAACAAUGAAAACAUGAAUUUAAUGAGUGCAUAUCUAUAAGUGAAACUCAAAAGCACUGUUAUSACACAAUAGGGUGAUUUUAUCGAAUCUUGAGAAGUAAAAUGCAUGGCAAUUCACUUUGUGAUAGCCAAUAAAGACUUUGCAAUGGUGGGGCUUUCUCUGAUCAAUAACAAUGGAUACCUACUCU